GAAGCCCACUCCUCACCUCCUGCAUCCCACCCUGAGUGUACAGGAAGCUUCUGAGUCUGUAGGAGAGACUGAGUCUGCCUCCGCCCCCAGACACCCAGCUGCAUGGCUCAAAAAGGGGAAGAAGCAGCAAGGAGUUUGCAGCCCACCCACUGCCUGAGUGUCAGCCCUGGGACAGUGCGAGAGCGCAGGCUGGGGACAUGUUCACCCGGGCAGUGAGCAGGCUGAGCAGAAAAAGGCCACCCUCAGAGAUCCACUCCAGCGAUGGUACCGAGAGAAUACAGGAACCAGAGUACAAAGGAACCAGCAGAUGGGCCGCAUCCCUGGAGAACCUUUUGGAAGAUCCACAAGGAAUUGCAGAGUUCACAGAGUUUUUGAAGAAAGAGUUCAGUGAGGAGAAUGUGCUGUUUUGGUUAGCAUGCGAAGACUUCAAGAGGACACAAGAUAAAGAACAGAUGCAGAAGAAAGCACAAGCCAUCUUUGCAACCUUCUUGUCCAGCAAGUCUUCAUCACAAGUCAACGUAGAGGGUCAGUCCCGCAUUAAUGAAAUGAUGUUAGAGGAGCCACAUCCCCUGAUGUUCCAGAGACUGCAGGAACAGAUUUUUAAUCUCAUGAAAUAUGACAGCUACAGUCGAUUUUUGAAGUCGGAGGUGUUUCUGAAACUCAAGGCAUCUGAGGAGAGUGAGCACACAGGCUUUGGGACGGGAGGUGAGACUGCUCCAAAGCGCGCCUCUAGGAUAUACAACACGUGAUGUCUCCCUUUGCUUACAUACAGGCUCAUGUGGAAUCAACGGGAAAGGAACUGUUUACUACCAAAGACAACCACAGAGCUUCACAACACUCCUGGCUUGUUCACUCCAUGGGCGGCCUAGCACACGCUAACAGACCUAAAUUAAUAAGAUUACAAGAAGAUCUGCACAGGCAUUAGUUUUCUUAGUCUUCAUGUACAGGGUAAACAAUUUUAUAAUUAAUAAAAGAAACCAUUAGGAGAGGUAAUUGCAGACAGGCGAAAGAUUCUGCUUAUGACUUUAAUACAAUUACCAGGAUCUUGUCUUCUUUUGAAUUUAUGAUAGUGGAACGUGGUACUAUUUUAUACUUGUUUUUUUUUUUCAGACAGAUAAAUUAAAACUGAGAUUUUAGCUAUGUUCGUCUCCAGUUUCAUAUAAGCAGCUUGACUAAGUUCUAUAUUAUUAUGUUGUACUGGGCUUCAUAUCACCAGGUUACUCUGUGGUCAAUAAGUGAUUUACCCUUGGUUUAAAGGAGUUUCUAGACAUAGAAGCUGCUAUCCCCACAUAACCGCCAAUGGUAGAUUUACACCAAAUUCACUAACAUAGAUUAAGAACUUUCAUGAUUAGACAGAUCAUACAAUUUAACAACUUUCCAAUUUACAUCUGUCACUAAAUGCACCGCCUUCUUUUGGUAAUGUUUGUUGGAACUUCUUUCCAUAAGAGCUAGGCUCAGGACUGUGCACAUGUCUUGUGCACUAUAUGUAUAACAUUCUUACAAACACAUUUUAAAUAAUUGUUCAUUUAGUAUUGUAUUAUUAUUUGGAUAAUGGAGUCUUCAAAAUUGAGACUAUCAUAAUCACUGUACCCCGGAACUGCACCACAGUAUGAUCAUAUGGAAAGCACUUUAGAUGUAAACCAUUUGUAAUUCAUCCAUAGACAUAUAAUGGCGCCCAUAUAUGUAUGAGAUCUAAAAAUAAACAUAGUAACAGAUAUAUUAGUAAUUGAGUACAGUUUUUAUAUACAUUGACAAAAUAAAAAAAUGUUUUACAUUUAUUUAUCCUACAAACUUAAAACUACUGAAUGGGUUGGUUUUUUUGUUCAGUAAAGGAUUCUAUAAAAUUAAGCAGUCGAUAAUUAUUCUGUCAACAGAGAUUUACAUUGUAUGAACCUAAUAAAUCAGGAAAUAAUUUUGGAUCUUUCUUGCUGCCACAGCCACCA